CACAAACCUAGGCGUGAGUGUCUCCUGACAUCGUGUGCUCUGGGGGCAUCAAUUGCCUCACCUUCGUGCUGGUUCACGAGUUUACACUACAUCAGAAAAAACUGUUUAUUCUUUUCCCAGAUGAUAUGGCUAUGUUUUGGGAAUAGCAAAUCUUAGUGAAAAAUAGUAAUGAGAAAGCAGUAAAAAAAAAUAAUCUGGACACUAAUGGUCCAUUUUGUGAUGACAAAUUGGCAACCAUUUGCUCCAAUGAAUCAAUUUUUAUUUGCAUUUAUACAUUUUCGAUUACACUUCCAAACUCUGUGAUACAAUUUCACUUUCUUGGUUUAUAUAUUUAUUCAUUCAAAGGUAUUUAUUGAGUUCCUACCUCAUGUGUCAUUGUGCUAGGCAAUUGAUUAUAUAUUGGUGAAUAAAACAGAAAAGGUGACUGCCCUUUUGGAGUUGAUAAGUGAGACAGAAAGAGACACUUAAUAUGUACAUAAGAAAAUUAAUAAGUACUUUUCACUGUGGCAAGGACAAUAACAGAAACAAACACGAUGCAGGAAUGUCGACUAUUACUGGUUCAUGUUCGAGAACACAGUCAAGGAUCACCUCCAAGACCUUUGGCGAUGCAGCGUGGUUGAGGAGGAUUCCUGCCAGAAGUCCUAAGACAUUUGAGAAAAUUUUAUUUAUUUGAGUGAGGGAGUGCAUGAGAGCGGAGAAGGUCAGAGGGAGAAGCAGACUCCCCAUGGAGCUGAAGCCCUAAGUGAGAUUCGAUCCCAGGAAUCCGGGAUCAUGACCUGAGCUGAAGGCAGUUGCUUAACCAGCAGAGCCACCCAGGAGCUAUUAUCCAACCUAUGCCUGUGGACAUCUGAUAGAAAGACAUGCUGGAAUCAUCCGUAUUUUGCAGAGAAGGGACCAUCCCUGUCAGGCACAACGGCUUAUCUAAGGUCCAAACCAGAAGUUGGCUGAAACCACCCCCGCGAUGCCUCAGGAUAUUUCGAGGGAGACGCCAUAAGAACGCUCCAGAGGACAUGGUGGAGGAGGUGAACGAGGAGAUUGCCUGCUAUCCUUCCACGAAGGACAAGAAGCCACACAGGGCCAACAGAGUCUGGCGCUGGCUCAGGGGGGAAAAUGGCUCAACGAGGAAGAGGAAUAAGACCUCGAUAGUAUGGAACACUCGUGCCAGUUCAUUGGAGGCCGGAAUAGAUUACCUGGUGACUGCCGUCAUAAAACAAGAUCUAAACUAUGUUCACACAUUUCUGGAAAUCUACCGCAGCUUUGCUACCACCCAGGAGGUGCUGGGCCUCCUCUUUGCAAGAUUCGGAUGUGUUUACUCCACGUAUAAAGUGGUCAAGAGAUCCCAGGACCGGCGCAACAUGGCCGUCUAUGCCAUCCUGGAUAUGUGGGUGGAAAGGUAUCCAGGGGAUUUUGUGCAGCCUCCAGAGUUUCCCAACCUGCAUGCUCUACUGGCCUACCUGCAGGUCAAUGUGCCGGGCUCGGACCUGCUGCGCCGUGCCCAGCUUCUGCUCCCAGAAAGGCAGCGCGCUGAGACCACAGAGCCAGAGGCUGGGGCACCGGCCCCAGAGCCAGAUCAGGAUGUGUCUCAGGAAGUUCUUCCAGCAGCCACUCUGGCACCCGCUGCACCUCUGGGGCCUGAGCUGGUCCCCGCCAUCCCUGCUAUGGCUGCUCACUAUGGGAUAGGAAGACCAGUGACCCCCCCUGACCCGUUGGGGCCAGGGCAGAUGGUCGUCAGGGGCCUCAUUCACUUCUCUGCCACGGAAGAGCCACCAGGCCUUUUGACUUUCCUGGAUGACCAGCAGGGUCCUGCCCCCGAGCUGCCGCCCCCUGCCUCCGUGGAGCAAGCAGGCUCCGCUCCUGAGCAGCACCUCGUGCUUGCUACAACCAGAAAGCAUGUCUUUCCCAUCGCCCUCGUUGCUUUAUUUGUAUUUCUUCUGUUUUGUGUAUAUGUAUAUAAUUACAUACUAGAUUUAAUUAAAUAAAGUAGAAUUUGAGUUUACAUAA